CACUUUCAGUAUCCAAACACAUAUUUUCCGAGGGAUUUGAGGGUAUCACCAUGUUCUACUGCAGGUUCAGUCUUUUUUGUGUUGUAGGCCUUCUAUGCAUCUGUUUCUUUGCUGGAAGUUCUCAUUCAAAGCAAGGAGUGGAGACAGAAAGGCAAGCUCUUCUCAGGUUAAAAGCUGGUUUCCUUCAUGGAAGGGAAAUUCUUUCCUCAUGGAAAGGUGAAGAUUGUUGCAAAUGGCAUGGAAUUUCAUGUGAUAACUUAACUGAUCAUGUAACCAUAUUGGAUCUCCAACCUUUAAAUUAUUCAGGAGCAUUGCGAGGUAAGUUAGAUUCUUCAAUAUGUGAACUGCAACAUCUGACUUCCUUAAAUCUCACUGAAAAUUUAUUAGAAGGAAAGAUUCCAAAAUGCAUUGGUUCACUUGGUCAGUUGAUAGAGUUGCAACUUGGAGAUAAUGAAUUUGUUGGUGUCAUUCCUCCCACUCUGGCGAACCUUUCCCAUUUGCAAACUCUCCAACUUGGACUCAAUGUUUAUUUGAAUGCAAAUGACCUUGAAUGGGUUUCUCACCUUUCUAAUUUAAGAUUCCUUAAUCUAGAAACUGUGAAUCUUAGUCAAGCUGUUGAUUGGUUAUCAUCAAUAACCAACAUCCCUUCUCUAUUAGAGCUUUAUUUAAAUGAUUGUGGGCUCCCUCAGGUCAAUCCUAAAUCUAUCCCCCACAUGAAUUUCUCAACUUCUCUCAAGAAGCUCUUUCUUUCAAAUAACCAUUUAAACACUUUGACUCUGUCAUUGGUGCCUAAUGCUAGCAAAGUCCUCACACAUCUUUAUCUCAGGGGAAAUGAACUUGAGGGUAGCUUACCAGAAUCCUUUCAGAGUUUGUGUCAACUUAAGGAGUUACAUCUAAGUGACAACAACUUGUCCGGUCAACUCAAUGAUAGCAUACAACAUUUACGUUGUGCCCAAAAUAACUUAGAGUUGUUGACACUUGACCAUAACCCAUUUGGUAGUGGGUCACUCCCUGAUUUUUCAUGGCUUUCAUCCCUGAGGACAUUAUCUCUUCAAAAUACCAGUAUCAUUGGGCCAUUUCCACAGUUAUCUGGCCACUUGCCUUAUCUUGAGAAUUUGGAUCUUUCCCAUAAUCAAUUGAAUAGUGUGGAAAACAUUAAUGAAACACAUAUGUCAAACCUCUUAACUCUAUAUCUCAAAGAUAAUGAGUUAAGCGGAUCACAACCAUUAUUUGAGGUUACUAAACUUGCAUCGUUAGAAGUGUUGGAUCUCUCACAAAAUCAGUUGAAUGGGUCACUUCCAGUUGCUAUUGGAAAACUCUCAAGUCUCAUGGGAUUGUAUCUUUUUUCAAAUAAGUUGAAUGGUUCCAUCACUGAAGCACAUCUAUCAAACCUUAUAUGAAUUGACAAAACUUGCAGUGUCUAAAAAUUCACUUUCAUUCAACUUGAGAUCAAAUUGGAUUCCACCUUUCCAACUACAAAGUUUAUAUGCAUCAUCUUGCAUUUUGGGUCCAAAAUUUCCAGCAUGGCUCAAACAUCAAAGGAAACUUAUGGACUUGGACAUCUCUAAUACUGGAAUUUCAGAUACACUUCCUCAAUGGUUUUUGGACCAACUUUCAAGUCUGGAUUAUUUGAAUGUUUCAUAUAACAAACUUGGAGGAACCAUACUAAAAUCAGUGCAAAGUGUGAAACCAGCAAUAUGGGAUUUUAGUUUCAACAACUUGUCUGGUCCACUGCCUCAUUUUUCAGAGUUGAAAACUCUAUAUCUCUCAAAUAAUAGGUUCUCAGGGUCUCUAUCUUCUUUUUGUGCAUCCUCCUCACCUUUGGAACUUACUCAUCUUGACCUGUCUAGCAACUUGCUAGAAGGGCCACUUUCGAAUUGCUGGGGGAAAUUUCAAAAUUUAGAAUUUCUGAAUUUGGCCAAAAAUAAAUUAUCAGGGAGAAUAUCCAAGUCAUUUGGCACUUUACGACAAAUGAUAUCACUGCAGUUAAACAACAACAACUUCUCCGGUGAAAUCCCAUCUUUGGCUCUUUGUACAAACUUGACUAUCUUGGAUCUAGGAGAGAACAAUCUGAAAGGAACAUUACCUGCAUGGGUAGGCCUUCACCUGCAUCAUUUGAUUGUUUUGAGUCUACGAGCAAAUAAGUUCCAAGGAAGAUUACCGAGCAGUUUGUGUAAUCUACCAUUUCUUCGAGUUUUAGAUAUUUCUCAAAACAAUAUCACAGGAGAAAUCUCUCAAUGCCUCAAUCAAAUAACUGCUUUAUCAAAUGUUCAAUUUCCAAGAAACCGUAUCUCCAAAGAUCUACCUAGAUUUUACAUUGAAUUUAUUGAACUUGGCUUACUUGAAUAUAAAGCAACACUGACAUGGAAAGGAAAGGACAUGGAAUGUGGAAAUAGUCUCAGAUUCAUGACAACCAUUGACCUCUCUUGCAACCAAUUAACAGGAGAUAUACCACAAAGUAUAACAAAACUUGUGGCACUAGCAGGCUUAAAUCUUUCAAGGAAUAAUCUCAUAGGAUUUAUUCCCAACAACAUUGGUCAAAUGGAAAGAUUGGAAUCACUUGAUUUGUCAAGAAACUCACUUUACGGUAGAAUGCCGGAAAGCUUUUCAAAUUUGAGUUUUCUUAGCUUCAUGGACCUGUCUUUCAACAACUUAUCUGGAAAAAUUCCACUUGGCACUCAACUACAAUCCUUUGAUGCCUCUACAUAUAUAGGGAAUAAUGGGCUUUGUGGCCCUCCACUUACAAACCAAUGUCCAGGGGAUGUGACUUUAUCAACUAAAAUACCUGACGAAUAUGCUACUGAUGAAGACAAAGAUGAAGAUGAGCUCAUAACCAUUGGAUUUUACGUCAGCCUAGGGCUUGGAUUUUAUGUUGGAUUUUGGGGAGUUUUUGGAGCUUUAGUUAUAAAAUGAAGAUGAAGACAUGCCUAUUUCUGAUUCUUCCACAACAUGAAAGAUCAUAUACAUGUGAAAAUAUAGUGGCUUUCACGCACAGCUAGAAUGGAAGGGAGUUAAAUUAAAGUCAAGCUUUUA